UCAUUCUGUUCUCUUCGCUUUCUUGUUCUAUUGACUUGUAUCUUCAUCUCUACUCUCCGUUCGUUCACCUAGCUACGAAGGUCAAAUCUCACGACAGCGAACCCUGAAGAGCAUCCUUCACGUUUUGGCCGAGUUUACAUCCACGAGAAACGACUUCCCAUCUUGGCGAAAGAUAAAUAUAGUACACUUUCCCUGGCUCCUAACUGUUUUCUGCCCGACAUCGUAGAGUUGAAAGAGCUAAGCCCGCCAAUACAAUGACAACUGAAUCUGGCACACGAACAGUUGACGUGAACUCACUGCCACCGGCCACGCAAGAAUUCGCUCACCGCAUGUUCGAUGCUGCACGCGAGGGCAACGCCGAGGUCCUGUUAGCAGCCGUUGAUGCGGGUUUACCUGUUAAUCUAACCAACGACAAAGGUAACACGCUCCUCAUGCUCGCCUCCUAUUCCAACCAUCCCGCCCUCGUAUCCGGUUUGCUCGCCAGAGGUGCGGAUCCCAACCGACUCAACGACCGCGGACAAUCUCCCCUCGCAGGAGCGGUGUUCAAGGGCUAUGAAGAAGUUGUACGUGUGCUUGACCAGGGUGGUGCAGACCCGUGGUUAGGGCGACCGAGUGCAGCGGAAACCGCGGUGAUGUUCAAUAGGAAAGAGAUGCUGGAAAUGUUGGGCAUUCAGGAAGGAGACGCGGCAAGGUUGGCUGAGAAUGUACUGGUUGGACCUGGCGUUGCCGCACAGUGUCCAAUUGGGGGGCCAAGGAGCUUGUAAGACAUUCCUGAUUUAAACUUGAUUUUAUAGAUGGAAGACGCCAUCAACCCACCCAUUUCUUUUUUUCAAUCUCAU